GAAAAUGCCUUAGUUCUAAUUUGUUCUUUACUAAUUGAUUCUGGAAUGUGCAAGUUUCUUCUUUUUGUAUCGUUGUUUUUUAACAUUUUAAGCCGUGAAGAUGCAAUGUUCUCCAUAUUUUUCUGGUGAAUUUUAUGGUUCAUAUGGAGGAAAUUACGUUUCUGAUCUAAUUUUUGUGGUUUCUAUUAAUUUUUUUCUGAAGCUCCGGGUUGAUUCUGGACAGUGCUUCACAAGUGUUACAAGGGAUAGACUUUAUAUGCAUCUUUUCAUUUUACCAUGUCGAAUUCAAGUUUAUUCGUAUUCUAAAUGUUGCAAUUAAUAUUUUUAGAUGUCUUCACGCAAAGUUCUUUUUUAUGUGUUUAUCGAGGAAAUUACAUGUUAUAUUAUGGUCGAUUUGAAACAUGACUUGAUUUGAAUUGGAGGUUCCAAAGAUGCCUUAGCAGCUCUAGUUGUAUACUUUAUUGAUUGAUUCUGGGCAAUGCUUCACAAGUUCUAACAAGGAAGAGACUUUAAAUGCAUGUUUAUUUUGUUGUCGGUUCCGUUUGUAUUUGAGUUUUGAUUGUUGAACCCCCGCACAAAUGGAAGAAGAGAAGAAGAAGAGGAAGAACAAGAAAAAGAAGAAUAAACAGACCAAAGGGAUUGAAAAUAAUGCCGUUGGUGCAGAAGAAUCAGCUUCCUCCAAUCAGAAUCAUGCUGCUGAAAUACGUUGCGCUGAAGCACAUACUGAUGAUACUUCAGGAGCAGAUGAGACUCCUAGUAGACAUGUUACUAAUGGUGCCAAAGUCUCAUCUUUAGCAGAAAAUGAGAAACACGGUAGGAUGGAUACAGAGCCCACUUCUCAAGAGAAAAUUAAACAAUUACAGAAAGACAAGGAUGCACAUAUGCAAAAAGAGGUUAUUUCUGAGGAGAAACUUAAACAAUUAGCAAAGGAAAAAGAUGCCAAUUUACUGAAGGAGUCUAACCUUGAAGAGAGGAUUAAACAACUACAAACUGAAAAUAAAAAUCAUAUGCAUAAAGAGGCUAGCUUUGAGGAGAAAAUCAUGCAAUCUCAAAAAGAAAUUAGCAGUCUCAAGAGGCAAGAGGCCGGCCAAGAAGAAAAGUUAAGACAACUGCAAAUGGAGAAAGAUGUCUACCUGCAGAAAGAGGCCGAGUUCGAGAUGAAGAAUUCUCAAUUACAAAGUGAAAAGAAUUCCUGGCUUCAAAAGGAGUCAGGCUUUGAGGAAAGAAUUUGUCAGUUGGUGAAUGAAGUGGAGAAGUUGAAUUCAAAGAGGGAGAGCUUGGAGGAAAAAGUAGAAGAGAUGGAGAAGGAAAUAGAAAACAGAGUCCAGAAGGAGGUUCACUUGGAGGAAAAAAACAGUCAAUUGGUGGAUGAAGUGGAAAAUUUGAAUUCGAUGAGGGUGAGCUUGGAAGGAAAAGUAAAAGAGAUAGAGAAGGAAAGAGAGAACUGGUUCCAAAAGGAGAAGUCAUUUCGAGAAAUAAUUUCCAGCCUGAGUGGUGAUAAUGCCCUUUUAGAGGCACAGGUGAAGGAGUUCGAAGGGUUGAGGACCACUAUUGUACAAGAAAAUCAGGUACUCAAAGAAAAUGUACAAAUUCUGCAGACACAAGUCUAUAACCUUGAGAAGAGUGCUGCAAUACCUUAUUCACCAACUGGGAGCAAAAUGAAUACUCUUGAAAAUGGGGAUCUGAAUUCUGAAUUAGUAGUUACCCGGGCAUUGGUGGACAAAUUAGUCAGUGAGAAUGCAGAGCUUGUGGAGAAGGUGAACAAGUUAAAUGUGGAGCUCGAACAAAGAGGUCCAGCAAUGGAGGUAUCUUCAUCUUUAGGCUCCGAUGCAGUUAGCAGGAGCUUUGGGGCAGCUCAUGUUGCCAAUGAAUCAGCCAUUGCGUUAGAUAUGAGGCCUGGAGCCGUUCAGGAGCAUGAAGUGGAUCAUGAUACAGAGCCAAAAUCUAAACUCAAUGAAGCAGUGCUGCAGUCAGGUGAAAGGCUGCAAUCUGUAGAAGACGCCAUCGACAAAGCUGAGAGGAGAAAUCACGAGCAUGUGGCUAAGAUAGAUGGCAGUGUUGUUGUAAAUUCAUCAGAAAUCGAGUCUGAUGAAAUAGUACAAAUCCCAUUAGACGAGAAUGAAGUUCAGUCAGUAGAUUUAGAGGCUGCAAAAGUGAAUCAGCAUGAUGAAGAGGUUCCGCUCACCAAUGCACCGUUAAUUGGUGCUCCAUUCCGUUUGAUAUCCUUUGUUGCUAGAUAUGUGAGUGGUGCUGAUUUGGUUGAUAAGAACUCAGCAACCUCAAACCGAUAACCUGUAGCUGUAAGUUUUUACACAGUGAAAAGGAGAAGAUGACACCAAGAUUAAACAUGGUCAUGUCUCUGAGCUGAAUGAAAUUCUUAUUAUAGUCUUAGGCUGGAUACUGCCCCUUUUUCUACCAAGUUUAUCCAUAGGGCUUAUAGUUAUAAAAGAUUGAAAUCUUGAUUUUGACCGUUUUAAACACAUAGCUGAAAGUUUGAAGGAAAUGUGGAACCAAAUCUAUGCUAGAGAGAUGAGAGUUGCAGUUGGCUAAUUUAGCCAGAUGGAUUUUGUAUCCAUUUAUACUUCAUUUGGAUGUGUUGCACUA